GGUGAUGUGGAGCAGGGACAUCAACAAGAACAGCAGCAGAGGAUCGGACAGGUGUAGGUUCUGCACACACACACAGCAAAACACAAGCAUGCUAGUUUCUCCAAAGCUCGUCGAGCUACACGCUCCGUUCAAAGGCACACAGCAAACACAGGUUGUGCAUGUCAAAAACGACACGGAGGCGUUGAUGGCCUUCAAGGUGAAGACCACUGCGCCUAAACUCUACUGCGUCCGUCCAAACAGCGGACUCUUGCAGCCCGGGGACUCUGCGGCGGUGACCAUCAUAUUCCAGGGCCUGGGCGAGGAGCCGGCGCUCGGGUACAAGUGCAAGGACAAGUUCUUGUUUGUGUCGAUCCCGUGCCUCUCCCCGGUGAACGCAAAGGACGUGUCAACCAGUUGGGCGCAGUUGGAGCAGCUUGCCGGCGGCAAGACGUCCGACGUGAAGUUGAAGGUCCUGUUUAACUACGACAACCCGAUGAACACGAUCCAGGAGGAGGACAAGUCCAACGCCUCGGCACACUCGGCCACGAUUGCCCAGCCUAUUCUCCCGCUGCAGAGCAUACCAGACGGCGGCGAAGCGGUGUCCCGUCGCCCUAUACAGGCCGACAGAGAGGCCCUAGCGGCGGCCGCUGCCGCCGGCGCAGGCAUAGGUGCCGGGGCUGCCGGCACCACGACCGGCGCCUCGUCCAACAUAACGGCUUCGGCCCCUAGAGGUGCCGCCUCGUCCGCCACCGUUGACAGCAAGACCGGCGCCGAAGCCCCUCCUGCUGUGGAAAAGCCCUUUGCCCGUGUUGCGCCGCCAACCGCCGCCACGAAGUCCUCCUCCAGCGAGACAAACGUGUACUUGGUGGCCGUCCUCCUUAUCAUCUUAGCUUUCUUGUUUAGCAGAUUCUUCUGACCGGGUGUUGUUAUAUACUAUAUUAUCUAAAUACUCCUUAUUUCUUGUCAAAGCUAAUGCAGGGGCCCCCAGAUCCACGAAAUGGUGUCGACCACUGUCUCUUCAUCUGUCAAUCUUCUAUGCGCAAAAAGACGGCUGUGCGCACCCGUCUGGGCCUUUCUUGUCCUUCUGCUACAUGUUUCCUCUCUUGCACCUUGCAGGCUCCGCUUCCCCGG